AUGAAUGAUCAAGACAAAAUAUGUGUCAUUCUAUUCGACGAAAUGGCCCUUAAAAAACGACUGAUACUAAAUACCACUACUGACAAAAUCGAUGGAUUCCAAGACCUUGGAAACGAAGGUGGUAGAUCAGCAGACAUUGCUGAUCACGCCCUAGUGUUCAUGCUGCAAGGUGUAAGGAAAAAAUACAAACAGCCUUUAGCACAUUAUUUUGUUAAAGGAACUGUCAGUUCAGAAAGACUGUCGGUCAUAAUUAAGACAAUAAUACAAAGAGUCGUUCAACAAGGAUUCUCAGUAAUUGGUACAGUUUGCGACCAAGGACCUACCAAUAUGGGUGCUUUGAAUUUACUAAAGAGGUUGAGCGGAAUUUCCAUUGAUGCCAAUUACUUCCUUGUUGAUGGAACAAAAAUUUUUACAGUAUAUGAUAUACCCCACCUAUUUAAAUCUAUAAGGAAUAAUUUUUUGCAAGGGGGCGAAGUGUUGUGGGAUAAUAAAAAAGGCAAAUGGAAGCAUUUAAUCGAACUCGAGGAGAAAAAUAGAAACACUCUCCAUUUCAUGAAAAUUUCGAAACGAGCAGUUCUGCCCAAAUAUAAAAGCAAAAUGAAAGUUAAACUAGCAGCACAAAUAUUAAGUAAUACGGUUUCAGCCAUACUGAAACUACAGGCAGAAUCAGUUGAUGACACUGCCAAAAAUGAAUUAAUGCAGACUGCCGAAGUUAUUGAAGAUUUAGAUCAGCUCUUUGACUGUACUAAUGGUCCGGCUAGUUACAAAGACAUAAAAAAAAAUAAACGAGAAAACGUAUCAAAAAAAAGUUUUCAUCAUAACAAAUGGAGAACAUAUAAAGAAAAAUUAAAAAGUCUCAAAUUUUUGAAAGCUGGCAACUAUGUUACCUUGAAAAAUGUUAGGUGUGUUAAAGGAUACAUAAUAUCAAUUUCUUCCCUUCAGGAUAUAUGGGAUUUUGUAAACGCCAGAGGAAUGAAAUAUUUAAACCUGCGUCAACUGAACCAGGAUUCGCUGGAAAAUCUUUUUGGAUUAAUUAGGCAACACAGUCCGACAAACAGGAAUCCGACAUGCUACCAUUUUGGUUCAGCAUUAAAAUCGUCAAUUUUGACGCGCUUAAGUUCGCCAGCACUACGCGGUGCGAAUUGUGAACAAGACGACAACCGAAUAAUUUUCGAUUUCCACGAUGUCGUUUUUGGAACGAAAAAAGAAAAAGGAAAUGAACAACAAAUUCAAGAACCACACGAGCAGAUAUCCCCUGAGGACGACGUGCCUGUCCUGCAUUUGGCAGAAGAUUUGGAGGAGGAUGAAGAUUUAGUAAAUUUCGACAACCAGCCAGCGGUUUACGUCAGUGGUUUUGUGGCAAAAAAAAUAUUAAACGGCCUUACUUGCAGCAGAUGCUGCUCAGUAUUUCAAGCAGAUGAGCAAACAGGAAAGGGCGAAUACAGAUCCAUAUAUUUAAGGGAGUGGGACAAAAAUGACAUUAGGCUGACCUACCCAAGCAUUGCUCUUUGCAAUCAAAUCAUGGUAUUGACGAAGGUAUUUGAAGAAAAUAUAAAAACCAUGCUGUAUGUUUCUGGCGUGACCCAAUAUUCAAAAACUAUUAUCCUUGGGUCCAUUGAUACAUCGUGGUUAUGCCCUGAGCAUUUUGCUGACUGCGCUGAGAAGUUGGCAGUAAUUUUUUCCAUGUUACUUCUACGAAAUGAAUGUCGUAGACAAAAUGACGUUUUUUCAUUGGGAGAAGAAAACACUGCUGAUGUAUUAAAAAAGGCAGAGCAAGGUGGCACAGCAAAAUAG